CGCUCGUCAGUCCCCUCACCCAACCUAGAUUUAGAUAGUUUUCAGCGCUCCCCAGAGCAGUACAAUUGCCGUCAAAAUAGCCCCCUCACGGAAAAAGAUGUCCGACGAGGUCGAGAUCAAAACCUACUUCAAGUUGGUGGACGUGGUCAAGUGGAUCGGCAUAACGCAGUUCGAGAUACUGGUCAAUCUGCUGGCCUUUCUGGUGUUUAGCAUAAUCCUCACGGUCAAGGCCACCACUGGGGCGCUGCAGGCCGGUCCCAUUAGCACCAGCGAAUGGUUGGUCAUGUUCUCGCCUUUGUUCUGUGGAGAUUUUUUCAACGCAUACUUCUGUGUGAUUGUCGGCAUCCGGAUGUAUCUGGGCAAUAAGCACCGGCAGGCCAUGCACCGGCUGUCCUGGAGUAUUCACUUCCUGCUGCUGACGGCCGGGUUCAAGUACCUGGUGUGUAUGAAGCUGUCCGGGCAGAGUGGGCUGGAGUAUAGUGAGGUGUUUUCGCCGAUCUUUGUGCUCCUGCAGCUGAUUGCUGUUAAGGCCUGCCAGUUCAAGCAGCAGUCCUGACGGGAGGAAUGCGACGGGACAUUGUUUUGGUAAGUCUGAAGAUGCACUUGAUAUUUUUAUGAAAAUAUAAUGGAAUAAGAUCCUGAAGGGGGUG